AUGGGUUGCGGAAUGAGCACAGAAGAGAAGGAGGGCAAGGCCCGCAACGAGGAGAUUGAGAACCAGCUCAAGAGGGACAAGUUGAUGCAGCGCAACGAGAUCAAGAUGCUGCUGCUGGGUGCUGGUGAAUCCGGCAAGUCCACCAUCCUCAAGCAGAUGAAGCUCAUCCACGAGGGUGGCUACUCUCGCGACGAGCGCGAAUCCUUCAAGGAAAUCAUCUUCAGCAACACGGUUCAGUCGAUGCGCGUCAUCCUCGAGGCCAUGGAGUCGCUCGAGCUACCUCUCGAGGACCAGCGCAUGGAGUACCACGUCCAGACCAUCUUCAUGCAGCCCGCUCAGAUCGAGGGUGACGUUCUGCCUCCGGAGGUUGGCAGCGCCAUCGAGGCCCUCUGGAAGGACCACGGUGUGCAGUCGUGUUUCAAGAGGUCGCGCGAGUACCAGCUCAACGACUCGGCUCGAUACUACUUCGACAACAUCUCACGCAUCGCUUCCCCCGACUACAUGCCCAACGACCAGGACGUUCUUCGAUCGCGUGUCAAGACGACGGGUAUCACAGAAACCACCUUCAUCAUCGGCGAUCUCACCUAUCGCAUGUUCGACGUCGGUGGCCAGCGUUCCGAGCGUAAGAAGUGGAUUCACUGCUUCGAGAACGUCACAACCAUUCUCUUCCUCGUCGCCAUCUCCGAGUACGAUCAGCUCCUGUUCGAGGACGAGACGGUCAACCGUAUGCAGGAGGCCCUGACCCUCUUCGACUCCAUCUGCAACUCGCGAUGGUUCAUCAAGACGUCCAUCAUCCUCUUCCUCAACAAGAUUGACCGUUUCAAGGAGAAGCUGCCCAUCAGCCCCAUGAAGAACUACUUCCCCGACUACGAGGGCGGUGACGACUACGCCGCUGCCUGCGACUACAUUCUCAACCGUUUCGUCAGUCUGAACCAGCACGAGACGAAGCAGAUUUACACUCACUUUACGUGUGCCACGGAUACGACGCAAAUCCGCUUCGUCAUGGCUGCUGUCAAUGACAUCAUCAUCCAGGAGAACCUUCGUUUGUGCGGUCUCAUCUAA